AAAGCGCAAUCUGAUGGGCAGAAUGCCUCGAAGAAGCAGAAAAAGAAAAAGAAAACAACAAACAUCAAAGAUGACGACUCCAUCCCCGACGGGCCCGAUACGGAUCGGUCUCGAGGCGAGGAAACGUCCUCCUGCAGCAGCCGAAGGGGAGCAGCUGCGACUGCUGACUUUGCCGUAAUCAGGACUUUGCACAGUGGAGAGAUUAUCAAGCAUCACCAGACYUACACCAUUGAGCCUGAAAGUGAAAUUUCCACUACAGUAGAAGAUUACAGUUCUGAGGAAGAAGAAUUUGGAGAAAUUUGUUCAGAGCAUGGAAUGCAGCACACWCAGACGCAGCUAGAGGUGAUGGAGAAUGAAUUGGCUGGGAAACAGCAAGAGAUUGAAGAGCUAAGCAGAGAGAUAGAAGAAAUGAGGGCAGCAUAUGGUACAGAAGGUUUGCAACAGCUGCAAGAAUUUGAAGCUGCUAUCAAAAAAAGAGAUGACAUUAUCACCCAGCUCACUACUAAUCUACAACAGGCCCGGAAAGAAAAGGAUGAAACUAUGAGGGAAUUUUUAGAGCUUACUGAACAAAGUCAAAAAUUGCAAAUUCAAUUUCAGCAUCUACAGGCAAGUGAAGCUCUAAGGAAUUCCAGCCAUAGUUGCACAGCUGCUGAUUUAUUGCAAGCUAAACAGCAGAUCCUUUCACAUCAGCAACAGCUAGAAGAACAAGAAUGCCUGCUGAAGAAUUAUCAGAAAAAGAAUGAAGAAUUGGAAGCACAGAGUAGACAUCUUCAGGACAAAGUCACAACAUAUGAAAUGGGAAAACACAAAAAUGAAGAAGAAGAUUCAAGUAAACUGAAAGAAAAAGAAGCUUUAAUUGAAGAGCURGAAGCAAAACUUGGAGACGAGGAAAGAAAUUCAUCUCAGCUUAUGGAAAAAUUAUCAGAUGCCACCAAAUCCCUUGAAGAAUUAAAAGAACAGAAUUUAGUAAAGACGCAGGAGAUAAAUAAUAUGAGAGUUGAACUUACCACCUACAAACAGAAAGAAAGACAAUGUUCUGAUGAGAUAAAACAAUUAAUGGGAACUGUGGAAGAGCUGCAGAAACGAUGUUACAAAGACAGUCAGUUUGAAAGUGACAUUGUGCAAAGGAUGGAGCUGGAAACGCAGCGGAGACUGGCACAACUUCAGGCUGAAUUAGACGAAAUGCAUGGCCAACAGAUUGUACAAAUGAAGCAGGAAUUAAUUAAGCAACAUUCCAUAGAAAUAGAACGUCUUUCUCAACAAAAAGUAGAACUGGAAAAAAUAUCAAGUUUGUGUUCAGAUGACAGUGUUAAUAAAGAUCAAAUACAUUUAAUGAAUAUUAAAAUUAAGGAAUUGAAUGUGAAAUUGCAAGAUGCUGAUAAUGAGAAGGAAAAAAUAAAGCAAGAAUUGUCACAACAGAUGUCUCUUCAGCAUACUAAAAUGGAAGAUCUUCUCCAAGAAUUGAAUUUUUCCAGGGAUCAAGUCCAGAGAGCCAAGCAAACUAUAAUGGAUAUGGAAUGUAGAUUAAAUGAAGCUGAAAAAUAYGAUUUUGUCAUUGAGGACUUAAAAACUCAACUUGCUUCUGCUUCUGAAUUGAGGAAGGAAUUAGAAUUAAAACAUGAAGCAGAAGUCACAAAUUACAAAAUAAAACUUGAAAUGCUAGAAAGGGAGAAGGAUGCAGUUUUGGACAGGAUGGCUGAGUCUCAAGAAGCUGAAUUAGAGAGACUGAGGACACAGCUUCUCUUUAGUCACGAAGAAGAGCUGUCCAGACUUAGAGAAGACUUGCAAAAAGAGCACAUGGUAAGCCUGGAAAGCCUGAAAGAUAACUUGAAUAUACAGUAUAAACAGCAGUUAGAUGGGGUAYGGAAUGAAAUGACUCAAAAGAUAGAGGCCAUUCAGUUUGAAAAGGACAACUUAAUCACAGAGCAAAAUCAUUUGAUAUUAGAGAUUUCAAAGCUAAAAGAUUUACAGCAGUCUAUYGUAAAUUCUAAAUCUGAAGAAAUGACUCUUCAGAUUCAUGAACUGCAGAAGGAGAUUGAAGUACUUAGGCAAGAAGAAAAAGAAAAAGGUACCCUUGAACAAGAAGUUCAAGAGUUGCAGCGUAAAACUCAGUUGAUGCAGAAACAAAUGCAGGAGAGAGAAGAUAGCCUUCAAGAAAGAUGUUCAGAACUUGCAGCACUAAAUAACCUUCUUAAAGGUGAAAACAAAACUCUGGAAGAUAAAUUAAAACAUAUGAUGGUUAACUCUGAAGAAAACAGCAUUUUCAAAGAUGCUGUUAGUUCCAAGUCAGAAAAUCUCGUCUUACAAGAAAGAAUAGAAGAGGUGAUUAACACAAAUGAGCAGCUUAUAAAACAAAACAGUCAACUCAAAGAGGAGUUUGAAAGGCAGAAAAAUGCCUUCUUGUUUACUGAGAAAAACCUUGAAGCUAAAUGUAAAGAGCUGCAGAAAGAGUGUGCCAGCCUGCAGAAGACAAAAGCUGAUUUAGAAGAGAACAAGAACAAGCAGGAAGUUGAGUAUAAAAUCAAACUCAAAACUCUGACUGAAGAAGUUCAACGCUUGCAAAGCAAUAGACCAGUUUUAUUUAAAACCCAAGCUUCUAGUUUGGAAGAUAGUAAAGAAAAUAGGGCAGACACAUUUGAAGUUCGGGAAGUUGUUGAGAAAGAUGCAACAGAGCUUAUGGAAAAGCUUGAGGUGGUUCAGCGUGAGAAGCUGGAGUUAUCCCUGAGACUUUCGGAGCUUUCUGAACAGCUGAAGUCAAAGCACAGUGAAAUUUGUCGAUUAAAUGAAAAAGUUAAAUCCCUAAAACAUGAGAAAGAACAAGUUUUAGCAAAAUGUAAAGAACUGGAAGCCACAAUCAGUCACACUCGGAAAGGAUUUACUGGUGCUACUGGACGUAAGGCAAAAUGCUCUAAAGGAAAAGCUCUGAAGGCUGCUAAUGCAGCACCUGAAGGUAGAAAUACCACAUCCAGCCCAAGCAAUAAAGCUGAUGAAGCAGUAAAUGUAUCAGGCAAUCCCCGCUCAGAUAAAGCUUUCAGUCAUCACACAGCAAAAGGGAAAGAAGUUCAGCCUUUGCUGAAAGCAGAACAGCCUCUGGUAGAACAUUUGCAUGAGGUGACAGAUGGACCGACCAGCAAAACAUUGUCAGGGGCAGGUGCACAAUGUGAAAAUAAUCAGCUCCAGCAGCAAGUGGAUACACUCAAGUCAGAACAGACUGAUUUACAGCUGCAGAUGGAAGCGCAGCGCAUCUGCCUGUCCCUGGUUUAUUCCACUCAUGUCGACCAGGUUCGUGAAUCCAUGAAGGCAGAGAAGGAGACUGCGCUUUGCAGUCUUAAGGAGGAACUUGCACAAAGUCAUCAACAAGAGAUGAAUGAUCUUAAAAAAAUGCAUCAGCURGAGCUCCAGACCUUGCAAAUUCAACAUGCAGAUGAUGAAGUCAAAUCCACACAAAGACUUAUAGAAAAGCUAAGUGAAGCAGUAUCUGAGGAAUGUUCUAGGCUCACUCAGCUUCURUAUCAUAAUCAGAAUGAACCGUCUUCAGCUGCUGUAGAAUUUGAUGAUAAGGAACAGGAUAUCUUCCAUAUUCCUACUGAUGAGAUAGAAAAAUUGAAUGUAGAAUUGCCAACACACAGAGAUCAAGCUCAGGCUAUGCAAGAACACAUGAAUGCUCUUCUGCACAAGAUAAAGGAAGAAUACAACAGGCUGACAGCGCUUCAGACACAUUUGAUGAAGGAUUGUAAACAGGUCAAAGAGCCAUGGAUGUCAUCUUCUGAACCUGAGUGGGGGAGAGAACAGGAAACUAAUAGUCUGGAGACAAGAAAAGAAUGUCUGCAAACCACUUCACAGGAACUAAUGGAUCCUAAGAUUCAAGAAUACCUUUGGAGGGAGAUAGAAAAACUUAAAACGCAGCUUGAAGAAAAACAUGCUCAUGAAGUGCAGCGCCUGCAGUCCUAUUUUCAGCAGCAGCUAAAAGAAAGCAGAGAAAGUGGAUCCUCAGAUUCACAAGUAAAACGAAAAGAAACCUUCAGGAGAGUAAAACAUGGUGAAAAUCUUCAUCAGCAAAGAACAGAAGUGUCUGCAGAGCUUGCUAAUGAAAUUGAAAUGCAGAAUGAUCUGGAUGUUGUUCAACUGCUAGAAAAACAGUACCAAGAAAGAUUAGAAGAAGAAAUAGCAAAGGUUAUUGUGUCGAUGAGUGUAGCAUUUGCACAACAGACUGAGCUGUCAAGAAUUACUGGGCAGAAGGAGGAAACACACACACAGACUGUUCAUCAACUGGGAAAGCAUCUUGAAGCUAAAAAGCAAGACAAAGAAGAAGCAGACAGCCCUUUCAGAAAGGCAACAAAAAUGGGCAGUAAGCAUGAAGAAGAAUCRAAAUCACUUUGCAAGGAACUCAGUGAAGAGCCUGAUGGCUCUUCACUUGGAGAGCAGCUGGAUUCUAGUAACAGGCCCAGUUACUUGUUAGGAGAGACUGCAYGUGAAAUGGUUAUUUCUGAACAGGUUUUCCCUCAGGUCAAAGAACUUACAGUGGAAGAAGCUCUGUGCUUUGGUGAGAAGGCCACAGAAACCUCCAGCCAGCUGCUGCUGUACGAGGAGCGUUUGGAAGACAUGCGGCAGGAACUGGUGCGGCAGUAUCAGGAGCAUCAGCAGGCCACAGAGCUGCUGAGACAAGGCCACAUGCAGCAAAUGGAGCGUCAGAAGGAAGAUCAAGACCAGCUCUUAGCAGAGCUUGAGUGUCUGAAAAUGCAGUUAGCUGAGCAAGUCUCAAUGGAGACUGACAGCCUGGUUACGGAGCGAGAGCGAAUGCUUUUGGAAGAGCUGGAAUCAUUAAAGCAACAACCUGCACCGGGAAAAGAGCGGUUGUAUUGUGAACUACGAGACAGCAGCACGCAAACACAGAGCGGAGGUGAAAACCAAGACAGCACAAGAGAACUUACAUUUAAGGAAGAAGAUGAAGGAAGACAGUCUGAAGAAACAUCGUCAGCUCUUCUUUCGAAAGAAAGGCAUGUUUUUCAGAAGGCUAAUGAAAAACUCAUGAAGAUUCUUUUAGAAGUUGUGAAGACAACUGUGGCCAUAGAGGAGACAAUUGGUCGCCAUGUUCUUGGAUUACUGGAUAGGUCUGGGAAAGGCCAGCUUUCCAAAACAGCUGCAUGGGACACAGAGCCAGAGGAGUCAGUGAAACCCUCUGUCCGGGUGGGGUAUGAAAAAGAGCCCUGUUCCUCUUACCAUGGUAGUAAUAUGGGAAUUGAUGAUAUCAACAUCUGGUCAGGAGCAACAGAUGAAGGACUGCUGACCCARCAUCUUGCAGAAAGUGGCGUGGAAAUAGAUCCUGAAAAUGAAGAAUUGGUUCUGAAUGUUAGUUCUCGACUGCAAGCAGCUGUUGAAAAACUUCUGGAAGCUAUCAAUGAAACUUCAAAUCAGCUUGAACAUGCUAAAAUUACGCAGACAGAACUCAUGCGAGAAUCCUUCAAAAAGGAACAAGAAGCCACAGAAUUUAUCAAAUGCCAAGAGGAACUGCAAGAGCGUCUUAGUGAAGAAAUCAAGGCCAGGGAGCAGCUGGCUUUGGAGCUCAGUAAAGCAGAAGGCCUCAUUGAUGGUUAUGCAGAUGACAAAGCAUUUCUGGAAAAACAACUUCAGGAAAAAAUAGAUAUAAUUGACCAUCUUGAGCAGGAACUGCUGUGUACAGGUAACAAAUUACAGGAGUUAGAGGCUGAACAGCAGCAAAUCCGGGAAGAGAAGGAGCUCCUGUCCAGACAGAAGGAUGCCAUGCGAGCAGAUGCGGGGCCUGUAGAGCAACGCCUAGUAGAUGCUGCAGUCGAUGCAGCUUCCCAAGCAGAAUUGCUGGAUGAAACAGAAAAGCUAAUGAAAGAAAAAAUUGAAGUACAACGUCAAGCUGAAAAAGAGUAUGAUGACCUCCAGAAGCAAGUGAAAGUCUUGGAAAUAGACUUGGAAGAGCAGGUUAAUCGUUUUAUAGAGYUGGAACAAGAAAAAAAUGCAGAACUAAUGGACUUACGGCAGCAAAACCAGGCUUUGGAGAAGCAACUCGAGAAAACAAGAAAAUUUCUGGACGAGCAAGCAGUUGACAGAGAGCAUGAGCGAGAUGUGUUCCAGCAGGAGAUACAGAAGCUGGAGCAGCAGCUGAAGGUUCCCCAGAGGAGUCAGCCUGUCAAUGAGCACCAGACCAGAGAGGUUGAGCAAUUAACAAAUCAUCUAAAAGAAAAAACAGACAGAUGCAGCGAGCUUUUGCUCUCUAAAGAGCAACUUCAGAGAGAUAUACAAGAGCGAAAYGAAGAAAUUGARAAAYUGGAAUGCAGAAUAAGAGAACUGGAACAAGCCUUAAUCGUCAGCACCGACAACUUGCACAAGGUGGAAGAAAGGAAACAGUUUGGCGCCAUCAUAAUAAAAGGAGAAUUACCACUUGAGGUACAAYUGCAAGCUGAACGAGAAGCUGUGGACAGAAAGGAAAAGGAGGUCACAAACCUUGAGGAACAGCUCGAACAGUUUCGAGAGGAGCUAGAAAAUAAAAAUGAAGAAGUUCAGCAACUGCAUAUGCAACUAGAAAUUCAGCGAAAGGAGUUCACGACACGUUUGGAAGAACUGGAACAAGAGAACAAGUCAUUUAAGGAUGAAAUGGACAUACUGGGAUUAGCUAUCCAGAAGUCUGAAGAUGCUGCCGUAAAGGACCGUCAUGUCGUGGCUGGGAAACUCGCUCACAUCAUGCAAGAAAAGGAGCAGGAAAUAGAUCAUCUUCAUGAAGAGAUUGCAAAGCUGCAACAGCAACUGGAAGCCACAACUGACAACAAAGUUAUUGAAGAGAAAAAUGAGCAUAUACGGGAGCUCGAAGCCCAGGUGGAAUGUCUGAAAAGUGAUCAGGAACGCGUAAGGAAAAAAAAUGAUGAGGAAGUGGAGCAGUUGAAUGAUGUGAUUGAGAAGCUUCAGCAGGAACUGGCAAAUAUUGAACAAAAAGUUCCUGCAGACAUCACUGCCCUUCAGGAGGACGCCGACAGUCUGAAGCACACGCUUGAAACAGUUCUGGCAGAAAAAGCAGCUUUGGAGACACACAUGGAGAACAUUAAUGUAGAGGCAUCUAGAACAAAGAAUGAGCUUGAGGAAACUAAGUUAAAAAUGAACACGCUGGAGCAAGAAAUAAAUUUGUUAAAAAAAGAACAUGAAAGAAUAACAGAGAAGUGUGUUUGUGCAGUGACAAAAGGUGAUAGGGAAAAAACAGAAGACUGCAGCAACAGAAAAGCUGAAAAUGUGGAAGAAGGCUCACGUGAGAAGGUAGAAUUGCUAGAUCAGGGCCAGUCUGCAGAGGAAAAUGCAGGAGUCGUCAUCAGCAAGAUGGAAGCACAACUGCAGCAGCUUCAGGCAUGUGUGAAGGACAAAGAUACAGAACUGUGCCAGUCCUACAAAGAAAUAAAGGACUUGAAAGAGCAAGGCAAGGCUGAACGAGAAACACUUACAAAGAAGAUACUAGACCUGGAGAAAGCACUUGUGGAAAAGGUGGCGGCCGCUCUUGUGAGCGAGGUUCAGCUCAGUGCAGUUCAAGAGCAAAAGCAACUCGUGCAGGAGAUGCAGGCACCUUCAGGGUGUUCAGAGGAGGCAAAUAAGAGUGCCCAAACAGAGGACUUGGAAGAUGGAGCUGAAAAUGAGAUGACAUCAAAAUUAUCACUCUUGGCACACAAGCUUACUGAGAAGGAGAGUGAGCUGGCAAAAAUGAACCACAGCUUAGAGCUAGAGAAAGAAAAUGUAAAGAUUGCACAGGAGGAGGCUGAAUGGAAGGAGCAGAGACUCUUAGAGCUUCAGCAACUGCUAGAAGAGAUUCAAGAAAAACAUAAAAAGGAGAUUCAGAAGUACAUGAAGCAAGAAGGAAUGCAGGUGUUUCAGGUAGCAGCACAACUUGCAGAAGGUCAAAAAAGAAAUGUACUCCCUGAUGAAUCUCAACUAGGARAAGGGAAGGAAGAGUCAGCUGCUGCUACAGAAGAGCUGAGUAGUUACAGAGAAGAGGCAGAAAAGCUUCGACAAGAACUAGCGGUGAAAGAAGCAAAUCUGGUACGUGCCCAGGAAGAUCUGUGCAAAGUCAAAGAGAACCUAGUUCAGGCAGAAGAGAAACUUGCAAGUUAUGUGAGAAAGGACAAGGAAAUGGCAAAAGCUGAAAGCAAGAAGGAUUUAGAAAGUCUGUCUGAUUUGUCAGCCAGUGAGUCUGCUCUAGUUAGAAAAAACUCAUCUUCACAGACUGACAAGACUGUGGAAAUCAAUAGCUCUGUUCAGACUUCACCAGUCCUUGCUGCAAAUGCAGAAGUUCAAGUUGAUUUGCAAAGUGGCUGCUCUUCAGAAGAGAUUGCUGAGAUCAUUAGAGAAUUCACGGAAAAGAUUGAUCAAAUGCAAGAGCUGCAUGCUGCAGAAAUCAUGGACAUGGAGACGAGGCAUAUCGCUGAGUCUGAGGAAUUAAAGAGAGAGAAGUUUGUUGCAGUCCAAGUAUUGACUGAAGAAUGUAAUUCUUUAAAGGAAGUUAUAGAAACUCUGCGGGCUAAAGAGGGGAUACAGAUUUCUGGAUUAGCAUCUUCUCCGCUUUGUCAGGCUAAAGAUGCAUGUUCUAGUGACUCUGGUUCAGACUGGAGUCAAGGAAUGUAUCUUGCUCAGACUCAAGGAUCUGACACUGUAUCUGAAGGAAUAGAUGAAGGUGAAACUUCAACAGAUUUACUCCCUCAAAAAAUUAAGGGUUUGCUGAGAGCAGUCCAUCAYGAAGGCAUACAGGUUUUGUCUCUCACUGAAUUUCCAUAUGGUGAGAGAGAGAUACAGUCCCCUAAGCAAGGGCCAGAAACUUGGUCUGAAGAAAGGARAGCUUUGCUAAGCACCAUUGCAUCUCUGAAAGACCUGAUUGCCAAAAUGCAACUUCACAGGGAAGCGGAGACUUCUGCAAGUUCUGAAUGUGCUGAAGGCGUCUCCGACUGGCGAGGAGAACUCCUACAUGCCGUCCAGCAGGUCUUUGCGAAGGAACAAAACGUGCUCCUCGCUGCAUUUCAAACUGAGCUUGCAGAAGUGGGCACAGGAGAUGCAGUGAUGCUGAUGAAUCACCUCGAGCGCAGACUACUAGAGCAGGCCACUAACCAGCGAGCAGCUAUGGACUGUCUUCAGAAUGCAGACAGAAGAAGUUUGCUAAUGGAGAUUCAAGUAUUACAUGCUCAGAUGAGCAGUAAGAAAACUAAUCCAAAGAGAGAACAAGAGGUUGAGUCAAAAAGCCAAGAAAUGCUGGAGUACAAUAUGCAGCAGAGACAGUCACAGAUACUGGAGAUGCAAGUGGAGCUCCGGAGUGUGAAGGACAGAGCAGCUGAGCUUCAGGAGCAGCUGAAUUCGGAGAGAAUGAUGGGGGCUGAGCUGAAAAACGAGCUCGCACAAGCUAAACUAGAGCUGGAAACCACCCUUAAAGCACAGCACAAGCACUUCAAGGACCUAGAAGCCAUCAGGAGUGAAGUUAAAGAAAAGGCAGCUGAGCUGGAUGUGCUUAAGGACACGAUGGCAAGCGAGCAGAAGAAAUCCAGGGAGUUGCAGUGGGCUUUGGAAAAGGAAAAAGCUAAAAUGGAGCGCACAGAGGAAAGGGGAAGAGAAGAGCUUGAGGAUUUGAAAUUUUCACUCGAAGAUCAAAGGCAGAAGAACUUAGAGUUAAAUAAACUUUUGGAGCAAGAGAAGCAGCUAUCAAGUGAUCUGCAGCAAAAAAUUGAAUGCCAGGAAGCCCUGAGUGCUGCCCAGCUGUCACAUGAACGAGGCCGUAAUUCAGAAUUGCAGGUGCUCCUUGAAUCAGAGAAGGUUCGAGCGCUUGAAAUAAGCACUGCCCUAGAAAGGGAGAAGGAGCUCUGUGCUCAGCUUCAAAGUGCUGAAGACAAGGGGCAAGCUGGAACACCAAAUCCAUCUGAGGAGUUGCUUAAAGAGCUGCAGAAACAAAUGGAUGAGAAGCAUGACCGCGUGGUGGAGCUGGUGAGUGAGAUGGAGAAGUACAAACUGGAAUCUGUGCAGGUGAGACAGCAACUGGAAGAGGAAAGGCAGCUCCAGAGGAAAGCAUUACAAGCAGAACAAGAGGCUAACAUAGUAGCACAGAAGAAACUCCGUGAACUGGAGUCCAAAAUAGAAGAUCUUCAGUGGCAGCUUGGAGAAAAGAAACAAGAAGUUCAUAAAUUAGGAAAUGAAGCGAAGAAAUUGCAGGAAAUAAUCCAAGAACUGCAGAAAAAGGAGCAGGAGAAUGAAGCAAAAAGGGAGGCUGAAAGAAUAAACCACAAUCACAGUGAGAGAACCUGGGAUACCCCGAACGAGAGAACAAGGAACUGGGUCCUCCAGCAGAAAAUGGAAGGAGCUGAGAGCAACGAAUCCGCGUUCCCGGCGCUGACGGCAGGAGGGGAGCUCUCCGCGGCCAUGGGGGCUCUGGARAACGCCAGGCAGAAGCUGCAGGACGCGGCCCCCAGGCUGAGGCACCUGGCUCGGAAGGCUGCAAGCAGGUUACAGUUUGAAACRGCCGAUGAUGAAGACUUCACCACUAUACAAAAUGCUAUUGAAGAAGUCAUCUCGGAACUACAAAAACUGCCCGGGUUGUCACACCUGGAAGAGGUGGAGGCCGGGGCUCCCUCGCGCUCGCUGACCGAGCGGCUGCUGAGGCAGAACGCGGAGCUCACGGGCCUCGUGGGCCGCCUGAGCGAGGAGAAGAAUAACCUGAGGAACGCUGCCAUGAAGCUGGAGGAGGAGCUGCGGAGAUGCCAGCACAGGGGGCACGCUGCAGACUACUCUUCUAGAUACUCCUCGGACGCUGGAGUUAGCAUCGAUGCCCUGGYUGCCUCCGAGAAGGAAGCCUGGAGGAGGGAGAAGCUGUCGCUGCAGCGGGCUCUGAAGCAGGCGGACGCCGAGCUCUCCAAGCUGAGGGCAGAGCUCCGGAGCGAGGCUUUCCUCAGGGAGCUGGGCUCCCACUCUGAAAACGCUCUCCUGAGGAGAGUUUACGGGAAGUACCUGCGGGCYGAGAGCUUCCGCAAGGCCCUCGUCUACCAGAAGAGGUACCUGCUGCUGCUGCUGGGCGGCUUCCAGGAGUGCGAGGAGGCCACGCUGGCCCUGCUGGCCCGCAUGGGCGCCCAGCCCGCCCGCCCCGGCGCCCAGGGCUCCUCGCAGCGCCGCGACGCCCGCGCCAGGUUCCGCUCCGCGGCCAGGGUGUCCGUGGCCAUCUCCAGGAUGAGGUUUUUGGUUCGUCGGUGGCACAGAGUGACGGGCUCUGGGCUGCCCGCCGUGGGCCGGGACACCUUCAGCCACGCCGCGGGUAAUGAAUUACGGCCGGAUUCGUUCUCGGCUGGCAUGGAUCUUUAUGGAGAACAAAGACAUUCUUACAGAUCCAGAUCAGACCUGGAGUAUCCCAGAUCUCCURUAAAUUUUCAGCAUAAGCUCCCGGCCGACUCGGGGCCGCUGCCGUUCGCCUGCUCCCAGCUGCAGCACUACGACCCRGAGCGGGCGCUGAGCGACUACCUGAGCCGGCUGGAGGCCCUGCAGCGGCGCCUGGGCAGCGCCCACGCCGGUGCCCCGUCGUACACGCAGCUGCACUCUGCUACGAGGAGAUAACGUCRCUCCCGCCUGUGCCUGCGGCCAGCGCUGCCCCACGGGACCC